AUGUUUGAGCGGCUCCUGCGGUCCAUCUACGCCCCCCAGAACAUUUACUGCGUCCACAUUGAUAGCAAGUCCCCAGCUGCCUUCCAGGCGGCCGUGCGGGCCAUCGUGGCCUGCUUCCCCAAUGUCUUUGUGGCGAGCCGCCUGGAAAAGGUGGUCUAUGCCUCCUGGUCCCGGCUGCAGGCCGACCUCAACUGCAUGCAGGACCUGUUGCAGAGCCCGGUGUCAUGGCGCUAUGUCCUCAACACCUGUGGCACCGAUUUCCCUAUCAAGACCAACGCCGAGAUCGUCCGUGCCCUGAAGAUGCUGCAGGGGCAGAACAGCAUGGAGUCAGAGAAGCCCUCGGCCCUCAAGCGGGAGCGCUGGCAGUACCACCACGAAGUGGGGAAGUUCAUCUCCCGGACAGCCACAGAGAAACUGCCGCCACCCCACAACGCUCCCAUGUUCACAGGCAACGCGUACAUCGUGGUCACACGGGCCUUCGUGCAGCACGUCUUUGAGAACCCCACCGUGCAGCAGUUCCUCGAGUGGGCCAAGGACACCUACAGCCCUGAGGAGCAUGUCUGGGCCACUCUCAACCGCAUGCCUGGUGUUCCAGGCGCCAUGCCCCAGAAUGACAAGUACCAGCUGUCGGACAUGAAUGCCCUGCCCCGCCUGGUCAAGUGGCAGUACCUGGAGGGUGACACCAGCAAGGGCGCACCCUACCCACCCUGCACCGGCCGGCACCAGCGCGCCGUCUGCAUCUACGGGGCGGGCGACCUGCCCUGGAUGCUCCAGCAGCACCACCUCUUGGCCAACAAGUUCGACCCC